AUGAUGUCGGCCGUGUCCAUGGCAGGCCGAGCUCCGUCUCGCCUGCUCCGGCAUGGUCGAUGCCUCCCGACGGCCGUCCCCUCGACCCGCGUCGCCGCCUUCUCGGUCAGCGCCCAGGUGCAGCUGCAGCAGAUCGUCCACCGCCCGCAGCCCAAGACGCUCAAGACGCUCAAGACGCUCAACAGCUACGUCAACACGCGCCGCACGCUGUCGCAGUCGACCAAGCGCGCCGCGACGGCCGUCGACUCGGCCGUGGCAGACUCGGUGCACGACCCCAAGGCGUACAUGCAGAGCGGUGUGGUCAAGCCGCGGGCAGAGGUCGACGUCAAGAAGGUGCUGGUGAUUGGCAGUGGCGGUCUUGCCAUUGGCCAGGCCGGCGAGUUCGACUACUCGGGCGGCCAGGCCCUCAAGGCCCUCAAGGAGGCCGGCGUGGCCUCGGUGCUGAUCAACCCCAACAUCGCCACGAUUCAGACCAACCACUCGCUCGCCGACGAGGUGUACUACCUGCCGGUGACGCCCGAGUAUGUCAGCUACGUCAUUGAGCGCGAGAAGCCCGACGGCAUCUUUCUGUCGUUUGGUGGCCAGACGGCGCUGAACCUGGGUGUCGAGAUGGAGCGCCGCGGCCUCUUUGCCAAGUACGGCGUGCGCGUGCUCGGCACGAGCGUCCGCACGCUCGAGCUCAGCGAGGACCGCGACCUGUUUGCCCGCGCCCUCGACGAGAUCAACAUUCCCAUUGCCAAGUCGAUUGCCGUCAGCACCGUCGACGAGGCGCUCGACGCCGCCCGCAAGAUCGGCUACCCCAUCAUCGUGCGCGCAGCGUACGCCCUGGGCGGUCUGGGCUCGGGCUUUGCCAACAAUGAGGAGGAGCUGCGCAACAUGUCGGCGCGGUCGCUGACGCUGUCGCCGCAGAUCCUAGUCGAGAAGUCGCUCAAGGGCUGGAAGGAGCUCGAGUAUGAGGUCGUCCGCGACGCCAACAACAACUGCAUCACCGUCUGCAACAUGGAGAACUUUGACCCGCUCGGCAUCCACACCGGCGACUCGAUUGUCGUCGCGCCCAGCCAGACGCUGAGCGACGAGGAGUACCACAUGCUGCGGUCCGCCGCCAUCAAGAUUGUGCGCCACCUGGGCGUUGUGGGGGAGUGCAAUGUGCAGUACGCCCUGCAGCCCGACGGCCUGGACUACCGCGUCAUCGAGGUCAACGCCCGUCUGUCGCGGUCGUCGGCGCUCGCCUCCAAGGCCACGGGCUACCCGCUCGCAUACACGGCGGCCAAGAUCGGUCUCGGCCACACCCUGCCCGAGCUGCCCAAUGCCGUCACAAAGACGACGACGGCCAACUUUGAGCCGUCGCUCGACUACAUUGUCACCAAGAUCCCCCGCUGGGACCUGUCCAAGUUCCAGCACGUCAAGCGCGACAUUGGCAGCGCCAUGAAGUCGGUCGGCGAGGUCAUGGCCAUUGGCCGCACCUUUGAGGAGUCGUUCCAGAAGGCCAUCCGCCAGGUCGACCCCCGCUUCGUCGGCUUCCAGGGCGACAAGUUUGCGGACCUCGACUUUGAGCUGCAGAACCCCACCGACCGCCGCUGGCUCGCCGUCGGCCAGGCUAUGCUGCACGAGAACUACUCGGUCGACCGCGUGCACGAGCUGACCAAGAUUGACAAGUGGUUCCUGUACAAGCUGCAGAACAUUGUCGACACCACCCGCGAGCUGCAGGCCAUUGGCAGCCUCAGCGGCCUCAAGCGCGAGCUCCUGACCAAGGCCAAGAAGAUGGGCUUCUCGGAUCGCCAGAUCGCCAGCGCCCUCGGCAGCACCGAGGACGAGGUCCGCGCCGUCCGUCGCCAGUUUGGCAUCCACCCCUGGGUCAAGAAGAUUGACACCCUUGCCGCCGAGUUCCCCGCCAACACCAACUACCUCUACACCACCUACAACGCCAGCACCCACGACAUCACCUUUGAGGACAAGGGCACCGUCGUUCUCGGCAGCGGCGUCUACCGAAUCGGCAGCUCUGUCGAGUUUGACUGGUGCUCUGUCAGCGCUGCCCGCGCUCUGCGCGCGAUGGGCAAGAAGACGGUCAUGAUUAAUAACAAUCCCGAGACCGUAUCCACCGACAGCGAUGAGGCGGAUCGGCUGUACUUUGAUGAGAGCAGCUACGAGCGUGUGAUGGAUAUCUACGAGCUCGAGCAGGCCAGCGAUAUUGUUGUGUCGGUGGGUGGCCAGCUGCCGCAGAACAUUGCGCUCCGGCUGCAGGAGACUGGCGGUGCCAAGGUUCUGGGCACCGACCCGCGGAACAUUGACAAGGCUGAGGAUCGUCAGAAGUUCUCCAACAUUCUGGACAACAUUGGCGUUGACCAGCCUGCGUGGAAGGAGCUGACGUCGGUUGAUGCUGCUGCCAAGUUCGCCGAGGAUGUCGGCUACCCCGUCCUUGUCCGUCCGAGCUACGUUCUGUCCGGCGCUGCCAUGACCGUCAUCCACAGCCAGGAAGACCUCAAGGACAAGCUCGAGGCUGCGUCCAGCGUCUCGCCGGACCACCCCGUCGUGAUCAGCAAGUUCAUCGAGGGCGCCCAGGAGAUCGACGUGGAUGGUGUUGCGUCCAAGGGCGAGCUGAUCCUGCACGCUGUCAGCGAGCACAUUGAGCAGGCCGGUGUGCACUCUGGCGACGCGUCGAUGAUCCUGCCGCCGGUGUCGCUCGACGACACCACGAUGGACCGCGUCAAGGAGAUUGCCCAGAAGGUCGCCGCCGCGCUCGAGAUCACCGGCCCCUUCAACAUGCAGAUCAUCAAGGCCGACGACCCUGCCGGCGGCCUGCCGGCGCUCAAGGUCAUUGAGUGCAACCUGCGCGCGUCGCGCUCGUUCCCCUUUGUCAGCAAGGUGCUCGGCACCAACUUCAUCGACGCGGCGACCCACGCCCUGGUCGGCGAGGGCGUCCCGGCCGCGCGCGACCUGAUGAAGGUCCCGCGCGACUACGUCGCCACCAAGGUGCCCCAGUUCUCGUGGACCCGCCUGGCCGGCGCCGACCCCUUUUUGGGCGUCGAGAUGUCCAGCACGGGCGAGAUGGCCUGCUUCGGCAAGGACCUGGUGGAGGCCUACUGGGCGUCGGUGCAGUCGGCCAUGAACUUCCGCGUGCCCGAGAUUGGCGAGGGCCUGCUGUUUGGCGGCGAGACCAGCAAGGACUGGCUCGCCAAGGUCAUCCACUUUGUCGGCCCCAUGGGCUACAAGCUGUACGCCGCCGAGCCGCGCGUCAAGGCGUUCCUCGAGGCCGAGAGCAAGACGCCCAUCGACGUGCAGGUCAUUGAGUUCCCCACCGAGGACAAGCGCCAGCUGCGCGAGGUCUUUGCCAAGUACGACAUCCGCGGCGUCUUCAACCUGGCCAAGGCCCGCGGCAAGACGGUGCAGGACGUCGACUACGUCAUGCGCCGCAACGCCGUCGACUUUGGCGUGCCCCUGUUCAUGGAGCCCAAGACUGCCAUCCUCUUCGCCCAGUGUUUGAGCGAGAAGCUGCCCCGCGCCGAGGGCACACCCUCCGAGGUUCGCCGGUGGUCCGACUUCAUCGGCGGCAAGCCUCUGUAA